AUGGCUAACAGGAGGAGGAGGAACACCGUUGGAGCUGAUGACAUAGCUCAGGCGAUCCAUCGUAUGGUGGACGCGAUGCAGCCCAUAGCAGCGCCACCCAGAGCUGUAGUGGCACCUACUCGGCCAGUAGCUAUGGAGGAUUUCAUUAAACACCGGCCGGCCAAGUUCUCUGGCAAGGCCACUCCUGACGAGGCAGAUGCUUGGAUGCGGGAGUGUGAGAAGAUCUGUAGAGUGCUGGGAUGCACAGAUGAGCAGAGGUUGUUGUUUGUCACGUUCCUUCUGGUGGCAGACGCAGAGUAUUGGUGGCAGGGGAUGCAGCAGUUGAUGCAGACCCGUGGGGAGCAGGUGACGUGGACUGUCUUCAGGACGAGGUUCCUGGAGAAGUACUUUCCCGACAGUGCGAGGCACGAACGGGAGGCAGAGUUCCUUUCUCUUCAGCAGGGGACUAUGACUGUGGCGGCUUAUAUAGAGAGGUUCGAAUACCUGGCGCGUUUCUACACUCCAGAGGUUACUGAGGAGUGGAGGUGUAGGAGGUUCGAGGGCGGAUUAAAACAUGAGAUACGCCGCUUCAUUGUGCCACUUCAGAUUAGAGAGUUUCCAGUUUUGGUCGAGCAGGCCAAAACUGUGGAGCAGUUGGAGACUGGAUCGAGUAGUGGGGGGAAACAGCAGAGGACUACCUCAGAUGUCAGACCUCAGAGGAAACCUUGUAGCAGACCGCCGACUACCGGGGGAAGAUUACGGUGUUUUAACUGUGGCGGGGAACACUUGAGGAGGGAUUGUACUAAACCUGCCAGCAGUACAGGUGGAGGCAGUGGUACUGGUAGGUGCUAUGCAUGCCAGCAGACAGGGCACUUUGCACGUCAGUGUCCUAACAGAAGACAAGUUGGUGGUGCGCCAGCUACGAGGCCAGUAGGAGACCGACCCAGAGCACCGGGGCGUGUGUUCGCUUUGACGACCACAGAGGCGAAACAGUCAGUGGUGUUGUUCGACUCAGGAGCCACUCAUUCGUUUGUGUCUAAUGAAUGUGUGAGGAGGCUCGACCUCACGAUGCGAGAGCUGGGGUGCGAGCUUUUAGUUGCGACGCUAGCGUCUGGAGAGCGCAAGAUAGUGUUUCCAGAUACGGUGGGGUUAGAACUUAUCUCGUCUAAUCAGGCAGUGAGAGAGAUUGAGGCUGGAGCUACAUGUUACAUGAUUGUGGCUCAGGCAGAGAAGAUGAGCACGACUGAGAAGAUCAGCAGGAUUCCGGUAGUAGAUGAAUAUCCAGACGUAUUUCCGGAUGAGAUUCCAGAACUACCGCCUAGCAGGGAUGUAGAUUUCUCCAUCACUAGUGCAGGAAGGCCUUUUGGCAGCGGUUAUUUUUCAUAUUUUGCACCGGUUCCCGGACCGAGGCAUAUUGGAGCGAGGCCAAAAGAGGAUAGCCUUUGGCCUCGGUUGUACACCGAAGCCAUAGAGUCCCUCUUCUGCCUCGGUUGUUAG